AAAAGCCCAUGCAUCAUGGCCCGCACCUCCCUACACUCCCCCCUGAAUGAUCCCUCUUUUAAGGCCCAGGCAGCAGCUGGAGAGAUUAGGAAGGAGACGAGAGGGACACACACACACUUGCAAUAACCAGACGUCCCCUCUACUCUACACUGCGACCGUUCCCUACAAUCGGCUGGUCAGACCCUUCGUCUACACUCCAACCAGGAGGGACCACCCCGCUCUGACUGGACUUCAACCCCAGAGAGACCUCAGUCAGGCCAGGCUCCUAACCCAUAACAGAGUCCCCCCCCCCCCCCCCCCAUCCACCAGGAGUCUGAACACCCUGACAUAGCAGAACCUGGAACCAUGAGCUGCUUUGGUUACCGGAGGGAGCUGAGCAAGUAUGAGGACAUGGACGAGGACGAGCUACUGGCCUCCCUCAGCCCAGAGGAGCUGGCCGAGCUGGAGAAGGAGCUGGCGGACAUCGACCCCGACGCCAACGUGCCCAUCGGGCUGAGGCAGAGGGACCAGACGGACAAGACGCCCACCGGGACGUUCGACCGCGACGCGCUGCUCCAGUACUGGGAGAAGGAGACAAGGAAACUUAUGGAGGACGAGAGGGAGGGAGGCAGCCCCAAGCAGGAUGAAGAGGAGAAGAGUGAGGAAGAGUGUGUGACGGACAGCGACAGCGAAGCAGAGGACAAGGAUGGAGAGAAUGAGAAAGACAAGAAAGGGUGCGAAGAUGAAGAGGAAGAGGAGGAAGAGGAAGGGGAGGAGAGUGAGGAUGAGGAGGAGAGCGAGGAAGAGGAGGAAGCAGUAACGGAGGAAGAGGACGAUGAAGAGCAGGCGGAAGAGGAACCCAAAGUGGAGCUGCCAAAUGAUUCUGGUCCUACUCCAUGCCAGCACACUCCUCCCAACCUUCUGAAACCCCAGAGGGUGGAGCCUAUGCGACUAACCCCGCCCCCUCCUCCCCCUAACGACCCCAACGCCAGCCCCGGAAACCCCACCGUCGUAGACGACGCUCUGGAGCGCGUCCUCGCCGACGACCCCGAGCUCACCGAGGUCAACCUCAACAACAUCGACGACAUCGCUCAGGAGACGCUGGUCCGCUUCGCCGAGGCGCUGAGGUCCAACACCCACGUGCGCGUCUUCAACCUCGCCAACACGCACGCUGACGACUCGGUGGCGCUCGCCAUCGCCAAGAUGCUGCGAGCGAACAGCUCCAUCGUCAGCCUGAACAUCGAGUCCAACUUUGUGACGGGGAAAGGGGUCCUGGCGAUGGUCCAGGCCCUGACAGAGAACAGCACCCUCACAGAGCUACGCUUCCACAACCAGAGGCACAUGUGUGGAGGACAGGUGGAGAUGGAGAUGGUGAAGCUCCUGAGAGAGAACCACACCCUGAUCAAACUGGGUUAUCAGUUCCUCUUACCUGGCCCCAGGAUGAGCAUGACGGGCAUCCUGACCCGUAACCAGGACCGCCAGCGCCAGCGGCGCCUCCAGGAGCAGCGGCAGGCACAGCAGGGGGCCGGCCCAGCGACGGGGCCACUUAACCCCCGCACCAGUGCACUGCAGAGGGCGACGCCGGCAGCCUCGCCCAGCACCUCGCCCUGGUCCUCCCCCAAGCCCCCGCCCAAGAGGCAGCACCCGGCUGUGCCCGUGACACCACCACCUCCUCCCCCCCCGCCGCCUCCUCCGCCGGCCGCCCCCCUGCCUCCUCAAGCCGAGAAGAGAAAGCCUACCCGGAAGAUUGCCGAGGUGAUCAAGCUGCACGAGGAGUCCAGCAGGAAGCAGGGGAAAGGGAAGGGGAAGAAGGGGAAGAAGGGUGGAGGGAAAGAGAAGGAGACCAGCAGCAUCCUAAAGGAGCUGAAGAACGCCCUGAGGCCCGUGGUGGAGAAGCGGGGGGAGGAGUCCAGCCGGCCGUCCACACCGCUACGCUCCUCCCGCGACCAGCUCAUGGACUCCAUCCGCAACAGCAGCAUCCGCUCCCUCCGACGGGUCGAGGUUCCAAACGUUCUUAUAUAAUGAAGAUCGUGAAUAUUCCACCAGGACCUACCAAGAAGAGACAAAUCAGACAUUUCUACAACAAUAAACUGGAAAUUUGCAUAGUUACUGUUACCUUUACUAUAAAUUUGGAGGAUUUUAAUUUUAUUUUUUUACAAAUAAGUUACUGUACUUUAUACAGUAUAAAGUGUUUACUGAAUUCA